CACGUGAUCCCGUUUGGACAUCGAAACAAAGAUGGUGGCCUCCUGAGCGUGCACGCGGCUCCACGGACACUAACACUUCGUUAUUUCUUCUCGUUAAUUCGCUGAAUUUGAUUCGAACGAGCUAUAAAGUCCUCUCGGACCCUCUGAGACGCUCCCACAAUGCAGUGCGACGACGUCAUCUGGGACAUUAUAGGAAACCAAUCGUUCUGCUCCCACAAAGUCAAGACCAAGUCUCAGAACUUUUGUCGUAAUGAAUACAACGUCACCGGGUUGUGUAACCGCUCUUCGUGUCCACUCGCCAACAGUCAGUACGCCACCAUCAGGGAGGAGAAAGGUCAGUGCUUCCUCUACAUGAAGGUCAUCGAGAGAGCUGCGUUCCCCGCCAGGAUGUGGGAGAAGGUGAAGCUCAGUAAGAACUAUGAGAAAGCUCUGGAACAGAUCGAUGAGAAUCUGAUCUACUGGCCUCGGUUCAUCAGACACAAAUGCAAACAGAGGUUCACUAAAGUCACUCAGUAUCUGAUCCGCAUGAGGAAACUGGUCCUGAAGAGACAGAGGAAGCUGGUUCCUCUCAGCAGGAAGGUGGAGCAGCGGGAGAAGAGGAAAGAGGAAAAAGCCCUGAUCGCCGCUCAGCUGGACAACGCCAUCGAGAAGGAGCUGCUGGAGCGACUCAAACAGGGAACGUACGGAGACAUCUACAACUUCCCCGUCCACGCCUUCGACAAAGCUCUGGAUCAGCAGGAUGAAGAGAGCGAGUCUGAGGAAGAGUCUGAGGAGGAGGAAGAGGAUGUCGGGAAGAGGGAGUUUGUAGCAGGAGAUGAAAUCGAGGAGAGCGACCUGAGCGACUUCGAGGACAUGAACAGGCUGAAGACGAGCAGCGAUGAGGAGGAAGAGGACGAAGAGUCGAGUGAAGAUGAGGAGGAGAUGGAGACCGAGACGAAGGCCAAGUCUAAAGGCAAAGCACCGGCGAGCGGCGCAGCGGCGAGGAAGAAGCGAGCGUACGUGGAGAUCGAGUACGAGCAGGAGACAGAGCCCGCCUCCAAGAGCAUGGCUACGUAGUGAUGUCGGCUGUCAAUCAAACUCUGAGUAGAGACUCUUUCCAACUCACAGGAAGUUGUUCCGUCAGCGCUCGACCUCGAUCAGCUCCACGCUCCUGAGAUUCAACAAGUCGAAGCCUUUUCCCCGAGACGCUGAAUAAAUACACAAAUGAUCAGUGAGUGAUUAGUGAAACUUGUCUCAGUCAUUUCUUCUCUCAGACCAAAAGAAAAGUAUAUAAACUGAUUAUUAUUUACACAUUUAAAUCUAUAAACCCAUUAUCUGGUGUGAGAAGCAGGAUCAGUCGUCGGGUUCAGAGACUCUAACUUUGUGAAUCAGGAUGAAACCGGUUUCAGUGACGUUUGUUUUUCUGUUUUCAUUAUUUUAAGUUUCUGUUCUGUUGAAUUGUCGGUGCUUGUUAAGAUGAUUUACGUGUGUGUAUCAACUUACUGUUCAUAAAAAUAGAAUAAAGAAAUAUUUGAUAAAUCUGAA